AUGCCUCCACAUCCUGAUUCAUCAAGUCAAGAUUGCACAGUGAGCGGGUACAUAUCCGCACCUCCCGCACGCUUCCUCGAACUUCUGCUCCUGGUCACUCUCCUUGUCGCGGCUACACGCUCAACUGUGAAUUUUUUCAUGAAAAGAAGGAACAUGGCAGACUCUAGGCUCGGUUUCGACAAAACCCUUAACCCUACGCGACCAAGUUUGCAGAAAGAAGACUCUGGUUUGGGGCUUAAGAGGGACUCAAAAUCACCUCAGUCAAACCCAGAUCUAGAUCACAAUACCCAUCUGCAAUCCCUCAAGAGCGAAACUCUUCAACCAAAUCUGGCACCCAUACAUCCAUGGAUCGCCCCCCCAGUGCCCUUACCGGGCCCCUAUGAUGCCCCUUACUAUCCACUCCCUCUACCAACUAUUCGAAGUCAUUCACAAGAACCCGCGACAGACGACUUCCAGGAGUUAUCCACGAGAUCAUACACCCGUCGGUCAUCAGCGAACAGUGAGCUAUCUGCCGAUAUCGUACUCGAAGGCUCUACCACUGUAUCCAGCCAAGGCUGGAAACGGACUCAAUGGACUGUAUCUGCAGGUUGA